CAGAAGAAGCGGAGCGGAUAAACAUAAAUAUUCAGAAACGCGUGCUGUCUGCAGGAGAGAUCGGAGGAUUAGUAAACUGUAACUGAGACUUUAACUCAGUCUGGAAACGUCUGCCGCUGGAUCAGACCUGGGGAAUAUAACCUACAGACACAGCGAGAGAGAAACACACAGACACCUGUCUGUCUGUCUGACAGUCAGUGUGACCAGAGCUCUGAUGGAGUGAUCUGGGAUCAGGAGGCAGGAGACAGCAAGGACAGCAAGGACAGCAGUGGGACAGUAAACCCUGGAGACAGUAUGAUUCCCCUGUUUUCAAUGAGAGCUGCUGCCUCAACACGGAGACAUUAUCAUUAUUUAUGGAGCUCAUGUUCUUCACACUCCUCCUCUCACACAGGGACAGAGAAGAUGCCCUGCUCUGAUGGAACCGAGGCCUCCGCCGCCGCCGUCUCUCCGGCGAAGAAGAGCCGGAUCGAGGAGGGGGUGCUGAGAUUCGCCAAGCUGACCGAAAACGCCACAACCCCCACCCGCGGCUCCAGCAAAGCGGCGGGCUACGACCUGUACAGUGCGUAUGAUUACUCCAUUGGACCUAUGGAUAAAGCUAUUGUAAAGACAGAUAUUCAGAUUGCUGUACCACAUGGCUGCUACGGCAGAGUCGCUCCUCGUUCUGGUCUGGCAGCUAAGCACUUCAUUGAUGUUGGUGCUGGCGUUGUGGAUGAAGACUACAGAGGGAAUGUUGGCGUAGUUCUGUUCAACUUUAGUAAGGAGACGUUUGAAGUGAAGAAAGGAGACCGGGUGGCCCAGCUGGUCUGUGAGCGCAUCUGUUACCCUGACCUGGUGGAGCAGAAGACUUUGGAUGAGACCGAGAGAGGCUCUGGAGGAUUCGGCUCCACUGGAAGGAGCUGAAGCUGUGUGUGCUUGUUGUAUUUUAAGUGUUUAAAUAUGAAAUAAUAAAGUUUGUUUUAUAAAAUUGUU